GUACGGAGCCUUCUCUCUCCUCUCGCCGGCGAGUCCUCUCUCCUUCUCCUUUCCGUUUCUUCUUUUUCUUCUUCUUCGUGUGCUUCUCUUUCUCCUGGGCGGCUUUGGAACCUUCCUUAUUCUUCUAAUCCACCUCCUGAGUUCCUCCAUCUUCUGGGUUUUUGGGAUUUCGGGUUGAGCUUUUGUCGAGGAUCGGAUCCGCCGGCGAAUUGAGAUGACGGCGCGGCGGAGCUGUUCACUGAUUUGACCGUCGAUAUUUCAGUGACGAAGGCUGAAUAGUGUGAUCUUGGGCUUUAGGGUACAAAACCCAGAAGGCAAAAUCGAGACUUUCCAUUGCUGUCCGUUCAAAACAAAGCUUGCUCAUAUUCAUAAUAUAGAAACAAAUCGUUUAACAAGUUGCAUUAAUUGGCUUAAUUUGGGUACUGGAAUCUUGAAGAGUUUCAAGAGCCCAUAUGCUGAUAGCUCAAUAAUGGCGCCGAAGAGGGGUCAUCAAUGGCUGACGGAUUCGUAUAAUUCGGAGCUGUUCAGCAACAAGACCCGUGCUGUAGAAUGCGCUGAUGCUAGGAUUGGUAACGGAUUUCCUCAAAUGUAUUUGUCUGCUUGGAACAAUUCUCUUGCAUCUGGGCAGUCAACUGAUCACUUAUUUGAUCCUGAGGAUGUGCAUACUGUGAAUCUGGAUGCUGGAAAUUUGAGUCCAGUGGAUGGUGAGAGUUUUGAGGGAAGAAAAUAUCUAGAGGAGCAAUAUAAUAAUGCCUUAUCAUUUGGUUUGCCUCAUACUGUUCAUGACGGAUCCUCGUCUUAUAAUGUUGGGGGCAUUAGAAAGGUGAAAGUGAAUCAAGUGAGUGACUUCACCCGAAGCAUAGAGGAACCUAUGACACAGUUUUAUGGCGAGGGAAUUCCAAGAUCGUUUGAUAUGGGUUCUUCGUUUAGUAGAACUCAGAACAGUCCCAUAUCCUCGGGCCAAACUGGCUGUAGUAGUGAAAAGAGCUUAACCUUUGCAGGGCCAAUCUUUAGUAAGGAAGGUGAGAGUUUCCCUGAGAAUUUCAGUAAAGAUGGGAUUAGCUUCUUGCCAUUGAGCAGCCUUUAUGACAACGGAGAAGUAAAUGUCUUGCCUCCAUGUCAACCAUUUGAGAAAGGAGGGGACAACCUUGUACAUCAGGGUCAGUCUUUCCAAAAGAUGGACAGUAAUCUUUUCUCGAUGAGUCCUUCAUAUAACAGGGGACAGGAGAGUUUCAUGUCUAUUCUCACCUCUUAUGGAAAAGCGGCAGAAAAUCUUUUCUCAUCUGAUACAUUCUUUCAGAAGGAGGAUGGUAAUGUGUUAUCGAUGGGACCGUAUCCAUAUAAGGCAGGAGGAGGGAUGGCAUUGAUGCUUCCUAACCAAGACAGAGCAGACCAAAACAGUGUUCCUAUUACUCAACAGGGUGGAAGCCAUACCAUAUCUUUUGGAGGUUUUCAGAAUGGAAACGUGCUCGUCUCAUCCGGCAGUACUUCCAAAGGUCCCGAGACACAACGAAACGUGCGUGGGAUGUUUAUUUCUAAUCCAAGUGCCGAUACCUUGCCUAAUAUCAAAGAAUCAAAGAACGGUAAGAAGGCCACCACUAACACCUUCCCUUCAAAUGUUAAGUCGUUGUUGUCAACAGGAAUGUUUGAUGGGGUUCCUGUUAAGUACUACUCCUGGUCACGCGAGAAAAAUCUCCAUGGGAUUAUCAAGGGAACUGGGUACCUGUGUGGUUGCAGUGAGUGCAAGAUGGCUAAAGUUCUUAACGCGUAUGAGUUUGAGCGUCAUGCCAAUUGCAAAACAAAGCACCCGAACAACCACAUAUACUUUGAGAAUGGGAAAACUAUUUAUGCUGUUGUUCAAGAGCUGAAGAACACUCCUCAGGAGAUGUUGUUUGAUGCUAUCCAAAAUGUAACAGGAUCCGAGAUCAACCAUAAGAACUUCAACGCCUGGAAAGAGUCAUUUCAAGCUGCUAGCCGUGAACUUAAGCGUAUCUAUGGGGCGGAUGGUGUCACUUUGGCAUCUUAAGAAGACGAGCCACUUGCUCGCAAGCUUUUCUCUCGUGGUGAGUAUAUCUAUCUACUCCGUAAAGGGCGAGUAGUUGAACUCCUUGAUGCAGUGAUCUCUCAGUCUGGUGAAUUUUGGUUCUCUUUGUGAAGUAUCCAAGUUUCUGCAAGGAGUUCAACUUUUAAGAUUCAGAUAGAUUCUUUGAGACUUCUGUUCUGGAUUUAUGUGCUGAUGCUUUCCAUUUACUUGCAAACUAUCUUUCUGAUCUCUAGCAAGCAAAAACACAUUUCACA